UCAGUAAAACACAAUACAAUCUGAUAUACAACUCUAUUCUCAGGGAAUACACAAGCACCUCUGGUGGUGUAUCUACAUUCGGGAUAAAUUGAUUGCGUUGGGAUCAAGGCGUUCUAUGUGUAUCUACAAAAACGCGCAUACCGUGCCCAUGCCCGCACAGCCUGACUUUAAUAUACGUGAGACCUCCUGCAGGCCCACGAUAGAAGGCAGCCUCAACGUAGGGUGCGUCCAGGUGGAACACUUGGCGCAGCCACUCUGCCUAAAAGCAAAGAUCUGCAUUCUCCUUGGUCGAAUAUUGGAGUCCUGGUACCUUCUGCUUAACAACAGCCCAGGCGCGGCCAUUGGGACCGAGGCCAUGUACUACCCCAACCCAAACAUAUCUAUAAUCUCGGAGCUUUGGCAGUGUGACGGGGAGCUGGAGUACUGGCGACCCAUUUUCAACAUUUCCUGCAGGCUACUCCGGAAAAUAUUGCGCCAGAUAUUGCUUAUCUGAAUUAGGGGUUUGUUGGGGUUGAUAUUUUUUUUGACGGU